GCAGUGAAUGAUACUGUGUAUGAAAGUUCAGAUGUGACUGUGGUCAGUUGUCAGUACCGGUGGAUUAAGAAAUACGACUUCUACUACGUCUCCAAUGCCUGUGACGCUCCAACCGAAUUCGCCAUUCUCGGUGUAGUCUCAUUCUGCUUAACACUGCUCAACAUUAUUCUCAUCAUCAUUACUGGCUACCUUGUCAAUCGGCUCAAAGAUUUGGUUCCACAAUCCUUCACAAACGAUGAAACUCGACGAUUCUACACCAAAGACUUGAAGGAAGUGAGAGAUAACUACGAUUGUGUGCAUCGUAUGAAGGCGACGGAUUUAGCCACUCAAGCCUACCAGGAGUACAUUCGACUCAACGGUGGUGGUUACACGGAAGAAGAAGCUGAUCAACUCACUGCCGAUUUUCAGGCUGUCAUGGAGGGCAUUGGCCACGAUCCUCAUCUGCAAACCAUCACCUCUUGGACACAUGGUGGUGGGCGUGAUUUCCUGGCUGAAUUCGCUCGAGCCACUGAAUUCCUGACACAAGCGCCGGAAAAUCUAACCGUUUCAGGAAGCGGAGCAAAUGGAGUUAUUCCUCGCGUAUCUGUCUCGUCGGAGGGUGGUGGUGCCUACAAAAGCCAGCACCUUAUGCCAUUUCCUCGACGUCAAUCUAGCUGUAUGGAGCGUAGAUCUUCACGUGAGCUUUAUCCCGACCUUCCACGUGGAGUUUUCUCAAGUCAGGUCAGUGAAUACGUGGUCCCUUCACCUCGCACUGAAACUCUUGAAUUUGGCGCCCUGCACUGCACUGCUAAUACAAUAAUUGGAUCAAGCCGACAUCGAUACCUUCGACAACUCGCGUCAAUUGAGGAUGGUGAGAACCUUUCAGAUAAUAACUUUGUGAAGAUAGAAAUACCCGAUGGCAAUGGUGGGAAUAAUGAUUCGGAUAAUGAUCCGGGUGGAUCGAGUGUAUCUUCAAUGCCCCGGCAUUCGUAUAUGCAGAGUCAACGUCACACACGUGCCGGUUCCUUCUGGCGAAAUUUGCUCAGCAAACGCGCCGUCUCAUCGGUUCAAGCACCUUUCAGGCCGCCUUUAGACGAUGAAGCAGAAGCACAGGGUGCGAAUUUUGACGUAACGGAGAAAGUAAACGGCGCUCCUUGGAAAUUUAAACGAACCCCGGAUGAAUUGAGUGAACCACCCGCGGGUACUACCUUCGGCUUCCAGACUGAGCUCUCAUGUGUACCUUCAAGCGAAUCGGAGGAGUCCAUUAAUGAGCAUGGAGUAAGCACUGGCGGUAGUAAUAAAGAUACAAAUCGGGAGCCCUCAGUGGAAGCGAGAGCUCCUCCCGUGCAGGGUAACAGAAUAUCUCGAAGUGCCUUUGAUGUUUCCACAGUACUACCCCGAAACCGAAGCCUAGCAUCAGUAUCAACGAUAGGAGGAAAGUUCGAGGUGGUUCCCACCAUUAGAAAACCUCAUUCAACCAAAAAUCUUGGAUCCAAUCUUCUGAAGGAUCUUUGA